UUCUUGGGCGUCCGGAGCGGCCUCGUCUUAUCUGAGGCUGGAAGCACUGCGGUGGGGGUCUCGGAGGCAGGAUAGACCCCCGAAUAGAGCCCUUUCCCACGAAUAGAUCCCCUUCCCAUAUAUCCCCCCAUAUUGGGGGGGGGGGAGCUCGGAAGGAAGGAGAACCCCUUGAGAAGAACCCAUCUUUCCAUCCAUCCGUCUUAACUACCCCUUCCCCCCAACCCUCCCCCUCCCUACCCCUAGCCUCCCCCCUACCCAACCCAGACGAGAUGUUAUCCCGGUUUUGGAGCGCGUUGGUCCUGCUGGGCUGGCUCUGGAUCGUCGCCACCCGAGGCAACCUCUCUCGCGACCCGAGCCAACCCACGACGUCCGAUGAAAUCGUAGUAGCAGGCUCCAAGGUGGUCCUCCGCUGUGAGGUGGAAGACCCGGAUGAUUCCUCGCUCCAGUGGUCCAACCCUGCCCAGCAAACGCUUUACUUUGGGGAAAAAAGAGCAUUGCGAGAUCUUCGAAUUCAGUUGGAGAGGUCAACACCGAAUGAACUGACCAUUAGUAUUGACAAUGCAACUCUGGCCGACGAAGGAGAAUACACCUGCUCCAUAUUCACCAUGCCCGUCAGGACUGCUAAGGCCAUUGUCACUGUGCUAGGGAUCCCACAGAAGCCCCAGAUCUUCGGCUACUCGGCUCCUCUUCGAGAAGGCGAUCUGGCCCAGAUGACCUGCAUCUCUUCGGGCAGCAAGCCGGCGGCUGAACUCCGGUGGCAUAAGGGUGGCCGAGCCCUGGCAAGCGAACCUUCCGAGGUGGAAGAAGACUCCAAUGGGAAAACGUUCACGGUCACCAGUCGCGUUGAAUUUGCUGUCGGAAAAGAGGACGACGGCGUUGAGGUCACUUGCACGGUUGACCAUGCCUCCUUGCAGAACUCAGACAAAUCCACUUCCCAACAGAUAGCCGUAUAUUAUAUGCCAACAGCUAGAAUUGAACCAAAACCUGAGCAUCCACGAGAAGGGCAGAACCUGGAGCUUCGCUGUGAUGGACAAGGAAAUCCAAUACCCCAUCAGUACAAGUGGGAAAAGGAGGGAGCCGAGGCACCCAUUCCCGAAGCCCAAGAGAAUAUCCUCAUCUUCCCCAAUCUGAACAAAAGCGACAGUGGGACCUACAUCUGCUAUGCGUCCAGCAGUAUGGGCAUGUCCAUCGCACGCUAUAACCUGGACGUUAAUGACGCAAGUCCAGUGGCGCACGCCGGAAGUACCUACCAUGCGGUCAUUGGGGGAAUUGUGGCCGUCAUUGUUUUCCUUCUCCUGAUCCUGCUCAUCGUUCUGGGACAUUACCUGAUCCGGCACAAAGGUACCUACCUGACCCAUGAGGCCAAAGGCUCCGAUGAUGCCCCGGACGCAGACACAGCCAUCAUCAAUGCCGAGGGCGGUCAGACUGGCGGGGACGACAAGAAGGAGUAUUUCAUCUGAGCGGGGAGGGUGGGGCAUGGCGGCAGGGCAGCGGGGGGGAGGAGGAGGAGGAGGAGGAAGAUGUGGCAAAUCGGAACCCAACCUCAACUGAGUGGCAGCGGAACCCACCCAACCAAUAUGUCUAUGGAAUUUCUCUCGCGCCUAGGAAGGAAUGGACGGACGGACGGACAGUGGGACGAUGGUGGGACCAUGCUCGGCGACAGAUGGAGAAGGAGGAAUUGAAAGGAAGAGAGAGAGAGAAAGGAAGAACCAGCUUGGCUCACAGCGCUUCGUUGAACUUGUAUAAAACAUUGUUACUAAACCGAAACAAAACAAAACACCUGAACAUUGAGAAACCCCUCCAAAACCCCUGUUCCUGCUUGCUUGUACCUACUACAUAUCUGCAGCUGCCAUACUCGCACUAAACACACAGAGCUGGAGAGUAGACAGAAGCUAGGCUGACUUCAGGAGCUCACCCCGCCCACGGCUUGAACUGCCAACCUUUCUGUCAGCAAGAUCUUCUGUAGCUGGUUGUUUAACCUGCUGUGCUAGCCAUGGCCCAUAGAAUAUACUAAGUAACAUUUAGGACUGAUGGAAUAUAUCAAUAAAUAUCCAAAAUGUUAGCUAAGCCAUUGGCGGAUCAUACAGAGAGGGUUCUUUGUAUGCAAAUAUAAUAAAAGCAAUCUAUGUUCCUAUUAAACCAUCUCUCUUCUUCGACUCCCCUGAGAGUUCUUAAGCUCCAUUUCCUACCAAGAACAUUUUGUAACAGUUUUCCUUCUUUUAAAAAAAAAUAUCCCAAGUGGUUUCCAGUAAACACAAGAUGCACUAAACUAUUGGCUGAAAUGAAUAAAUCAAUGAGAAAAUGGGGAAAUUCAUAAUUAAAAGCUAGGGAAACUUGACAACUUUGACAUUUUGAAGUUGACGCAGCCUUUCAGAAGUACUCAACUGUUGUGUUUAGAUGCCUGGAAUACUUACGAAUGGGCAUCUCAAUCUCCGAAGCUGAGAUCUUCAGCUUUCUUUCUCUCUUAAAGCCGCAAGCAGACUUGUUUAUUUCUUUCCAAAAUCCCCCUCGCUCUGAUAAUUUAAUAGAAAGCCUGGGGUGGGUUAUUUUGAAAUCUUGAUUUAUGGGGAAAAAAAAUAGGAUUGAAUCACAGAAUCACAUCUUCUGUGCCCUGACAAAUUUGUGAACAUCCUGCGGCUCCUCCAUGAUGACAUGAUGGCUCCAGUCUUGGACAGCCAUGACUCCCAAAGUGACCCAUUUAAGGUGAAAUCAGAUGUCAAGCAGGGAUGUGUUAUUGCCCCUACCUUAUUUUCCAUCUUCAUCACUAAGAUACUUCACCUUCCACCGGUGUGGAAAUCAUCUAUCGGACAGAUGGCAAGCUAUUUAACCUCAGCAGACUGAAAGCCAAAACCAAGGUCACCACAACAUCUUUUAUAGAACUCCAAUAUGCCGAUGACAACGUAGUCUGUGCAUACUUGGAAGAAGACCUACAAGCCACUCUAAACACCUUCGCAGACGCAUACGAGAAACUCGGCCUCUCAUUGAACAUCGAGAAAACCAAAGUGCUCUUCCAACAGGCACCAGCUAUUCCUGCAAUGCCAGGAAUACAGCUUAAUGGUGUCACAUUAGAAAACGUUUACCAUUUCCGCUCCCUUGGCAGCUACCUCUCCACAAAAGUCGACAUCGACACUGAAAUACAACACCGCCUGAGCUCUGCAAGCGCAGCAUUUUUCAGAAUGAAGCAGAGAGUGUUUGACACUGAAAUAUAAUACCGCCUGAGCUCUGCGAGCACAGCAUUUUUCAGAAUGAAGCAGAGUUUGACACUGAAAUACAACACCGCCUGAGCUCUGCGAGCGCAGCAUUUUUCAGAAUGAAGCAGAGAAUGUUUGACACUGAAAUACAACACCGCCUGGCCUCUGCAAGUACAGCAUUUUUCAGAAUGAAGCAGAGUGUUUGACACUGAAAUACAACACCACCUGAGCUCUGCGAGCGCAGCAUUUUUCCGUAGUUCAAUACGCAGUAAUGUUAUGUUGCAAUUAAUGUAUUUACAAAUUUAGACCCAAAAUAUCACGAUAAUAAUAAUAAUAAUAAUAAUAAUAAUAAUAAUAAUGUUUAUUCAUAUCCCACCUCCAUCUCCCCCAGAGGGGACUCGGAGCGGCUCACAGAAAUAUCCGAUACAAAACAAUAACAAAGUACAAUACCUCAAUAAACAAUAACAUGCACUAGUUAUAAUAUUUCAACAUUGACCAGUAAAAUAAAAACAUUACUAAAAAUAAAACUUACUAAAACAUAGAAUUAAAAACAGUGAGGUUGUAAUAGUAGAUUAGCAAAGUGCACAUUAUAAGUUGCAAACUCAAAAGCAUUGAUAAAGUGCCACAGAUUCAUUUGAGCUCAAUUUCGGAUUAUAGGAGCCCAGAGCUAAUGUCAAGUAACCAGGAGAGGUGCGACCAAUACAAAAAUGCCUUGGAUAAUCCAGAACCUUGGAUAAGCGAGUCUUGGAUAAGUGAGACUCUACUGUACUUAGUUAAGGGUAUGUAAAGUUUUCAUAGCAUGAAAAGAUAUAUGAGAUUCUGGCUCAUAGUUUCUACCUUGGAAGAGUAGAAAGCAACCUCCAUAUUUACAUUGGCUCAUAUUUACAUUGGCUUGGUGACCAGAAGGCAAAUGGAAAGAACACAAUAUUUAUUGUGUAUACUGAUAAGGCAAUCACAUGAUUGUGAAGGCAGUGUCGUGACUUUUGGUGUGCGUUCAUCAUUUAUAUUUAUAUAUUGAUCAUGAUUGGUGUUUAUUCUAGGAAUGGAGUGGUGAAUAUUGGGACGGAGGCUGUCUUGUAAAGGUCACUCUUUUGGGACUACAAUCCCCAGGAUUGGCCAGCCAGCAAUUUCCAAAAAAACUCCCAGAAAUUCAGGAAGUCAUGGCCCAAAUCUUUCUGAGUGCCUAUAAAACAUCAAAACAAAUGCAUUGUGGUGCAAACAAAGGAGCCAUGGCUCUGACAACUGGUGUGACUCUCAUGCAUAGGUCUAUUAUGAAUCAAAGCAAUUCAAAACAACAACACUGUGAAGUUAAGCAUUUUAUUUGUAAUGGGUCAUUGGAAUUCACAUGCCAGUUCAUUCAAGGCUCUGAAGUCUCUACCAUAUUGGUUCUCUAGGGCAGUGAUUCCCAAGCUAGGAAAGGGGGCGUGGCCUCCUUCCAAGAGCCUAAGACAGGGCUGAGCCUCUAUACCUCUCCUGAGAGGCCUUUAAGGACUACAGGGCGGGGCUAGGGAAGGGGUGGGGCCUCCUUCCAAGAGCCCGAGACAGGGCUGAGCCUCUAUAUCUCUCCUGAGAGGCCUUUUAGGACUAAAGGGCGGGGCUAGGGAAGGGGUGGGGCCUCCUUCCAAGAGCCUGAGACAGGGCUGAGCCUCUAUACCUCUCCUGAGAGGCCUUUUAGGACUAAAGGGCGGGGCUAGGGAAGGGGUGGGGCCUCCUUCCAAGAGCCCGAGACAGGGCUGAGCCUCUAUAUCUCUCCUGAGAGGCCUUUUAGGACUAAAGGGCGGGGCUAGGGAAGGGGUGGGGCCUCCUUCCAAGAGCCUGAGACAGGGCUGAGCCUCUAUACCUCUCCUGAGAGGCCUUUUAGGACUAAAGGGCGGAGCUAGGGAAGGGGUGGGGCCUCCUUCCAAGAGCCCGAGACAGGGCUGAGCCUCUAUACCUCUCCUGAGAGGCCUUUUAGGACUAAAGGGCGGGGCUAGGGAAGGGGUGGGGCCUCCUUCCAAGAGCCCGAGACAGGGCUGAGCCUCUAUAUCUCUCCUGAGAGGCCUUUUAGGACUAAAGGGCGGAGCUAGGGAAGGGGUGGGGCCUCCUUCCAAGAGCCCGAGACAGGGCUGAGCCUCUAUACCUCUCCUGAGAGGCCUUUUAGGACUAAAGGGCGGGGCUAGGGAAGGGGGCGGGGCCUCCUUCCAAGAGCCCGAGACAGGGCUGAGCCUCUAUACCUCUCCUGAGAGGCCUUUUAGGACUAAAGGGCGGGGCUAGGGAAGGGGGCGGGGCCUCCUUCCAAGAGCCCGAGACAGGGCUGAGCCUCUAUACCUCUCCUGAGAGGCCUUUUAGGACUAAAGGGCGGAGCUAGGGAAGGGGUGGGGCCUCCUUCCAAGAGCCCGAGACAGGGCUGAGCCUCUAUACCUCUCCUGAGAGGCCUUUUAGGACUAAAGGGCGGGGCUAGGGAAGGGGGCGGGGCCUCCUUCCAAGAGCCCGAGACAGGGCUGAGCCUCUAUACCUCUCCUGAGAGGCCUUUUAGGACUAAAGGGCGGAGCUAGGGAAGGGGUGGGGCCUCCUUCCAAGAGCCUGAGACAGGGCUGAGCCUCUAUACCUCUCCUGAGAGGCCUUUUAGGACUAAAGGGCGGGGCUAGGGAAGGGGGCGGGGCCUCCUUCCAAGAGCCCGAGACAGGGCUGAGCCUCUAUACCUCUCCUGAGAGGCCUUUUAGGACUAAAGGGCGGGGCUAGGGAAGGGGGCGGGGCCUCCUUCCAAGAGCCCGAGACAGGGCUGAGCCUCUAUACCUCUCCUGAGAGGCCUUUUAGGACUAAAGGGCGGGGCUAGGGAAGGGGGCGGGGCCUCCUUCCAAGAGCCUGAGACAGGGCUGAGCCUCUAUACCUCUCCUGAGAGGCCUUUUAGGACUAAAGGGCGGGGCUAGGGAAGGGGGCGGGGCCUCCUUCCAAGAGCGCGAGACAGGGCUGAGCCUCUAUACCUCUCCUGAGAGGCCUUUUAGGACUAAAGGGCGGGGCUAGGGAAGGGGUGGGGCCUCCUUCCAAGAGCCCGAGACAGGGCUGAGCCUCUAUACCUCUCCUGAGAGGCCUUUUAGGACUAAAGGGCGGGGCUAGGGAAGGGGUGGGGCCUCCUUCCAAGAGCCUGAGACAGGGCUGAGCCUCUAUACCUCUCCUGAGAGGCCUUUUAGGACUAAAGGGCGGGGCUAGGGAAGGGGGCGGGGCCUCCUUCCAAGAGCCCGAGACAGGGCUGAGCCUCUAUACCUCUCCUGAGAGGCCUUUUAGGACUAAAGGGCAGGGCUAGGGGCAGGGGUGGGGCCUCUUCCCAAGAUCCUCUGUAUACCUCCCCUGAGGUGCUUGUUAGAACACAGGGAUGGGGUAUAGAGGCCACACCCCCUCCUGUAGCCCCGCCCCCUGUGUCCUGGCAGGCGCUGCAGGACAGGGAUAGAAGCUCAGCCCUAUCUCAGAGCUCAUAACUCUGCCCAUCUCAGUCCUGGCCGCCCAUUGGUAAUAUUUUUUCUGGAAAAGGGGCGGUAGGCCAAAUAAAUUUGGGAACCACUGCUCUAGGGCAACAAUGUGCAAAUUUGAGGGAGAAAGUUGGAAAACAAAGAUGGGUGGAGAGGGUCUCCGCCGAAUCACGGGAGUCACUUCUCCUCUGUUCACCUCCCCAUUCUGAAUUUUCUUAUUUGUUCAUCCGGGGGUUUAAUCUUCAGUAGGUUAUCUCUUAUCCCAAUCAUUGGUUCUCAGUCUUGGUAUCCAGAUGUUGUUGGGUGGCAACUCUCUAAAUCUCUGAUCGUUCACUUAUGCCGGUUGGUUUCUCUAAGCUUAAUAACAUCUGAGAAUCUAGGUUUGGGAAUCGCUGGUCUACAUGCAGUACAUUUAUCACUUUUUUUUCAGCCAAUGAAAAGUAAGAUGUGUCAAAUGUUUAGCUAUCUCUUUACAUAUCUAGGAACUCGGAGGCCAGUUUGGGGAUGGGAGGAUGCCAAACUGGACUGGCCAAGGACCGUCGCGUCUUCUACCCCGGUGGCUGGCGCUCUCUCGUGGAACAAGCUCUGAAUGCUUCCCGACCGGAGUCCGCUUCUCCCAAUAUUUACACAAAAGCCAUAUUUGUACUGAGCUGAAAAUUUAAACGUCUACACUUACACACAAACAUAUACACAGACAGAUAUCUUCUGGGUUGGCAGUAGGGACAAGCGAGGAAGGCGGCCUUGGAUUGUUGUGCUGUGUUCUUGUAUGUACAUAAACUUUCAGGGGUGUAGGGAGGAAAAAGACAACAACAAAAAAUGUCAAUGUUACUUUAUAACCUUUCUAAAUAUCCUGUGCUAAUCUCAGAAGAUAAACCUAUAAAUAUAUCUGGAUUAUACAUGUUA